AUGAGUGAUCAAGAAGCUUCAUCUGGUAAUGAAACUAACAAUAUUCAGAAUGGUCUUGAAAAUGUUUAUGAAUCUUAUUUAGAUCAAAUAAAUCAACAAAAUGAUGGUAAAAUACAAGAAAUAAUCACAGAAAUACCAACAGAUGAAAAAAGCAGAUUAGAAAUCCAGGCUAAGACUUUUUAUUUUUGUCAACAAACUGGUAAUAUAUUAAAUAUUGAAGAUUAUGAAGAAUGGAAAUCAAAUCAAUUAAACGCAGAACCUGAAUAUUCUUCAAAUUAUCAAGAAUUAGUUGAGCUUAUAAUUGCUGGUAAAGAAGUCCCUGGUAUAAAACAAAUCCCUGAUACUGUCUUGGAAGGUCAAACAAGUCAACAUGUUGCUCAAGAAAGGAAAAAACCAUGGGAAUUAAAGAAAGAACAAGAAGAAAAGGAAAGAAAGGAAAAGGAAGAACAAGAUAAUGUUGCUGAUGAAGUGGAAGAAAAUAAUGGAACUGAAACUGAAAAAAUUGCUGAAAUAUAA